AUGAGAUAUUGGUUGGAUUUAUCAACCACUUUUGUGAGACAAUAUGAAUACAAUUGCGAGCUCGCCCCGACGAGGACCACAUUGGAGGGGACCAAGAGGAAACCAUCGGAAGACCAUAAGAUAUAUGCAAAGAGAUGGAGGAAAUUGGCCGCCAAGGUGGAGCCCCCCAUGUCUGAAAACGAAAUUGUUCGCACGUUCAUCAAAGCUCAUGACCCGCCUUACUUUGAAGAGAUUUUUCGAAUGACAGGGUGUUCCUUUGCAGAGAUUGUCAAUAAACUGGAAGAAUAUGACGAAUUUAUGAGAGCAGGCAAGAUUGUUAAUGUGUCAGCUUUAAAGUCACAGUUGGAAGCCAUGCAGAGUCAGAGUAGCAGUAGUAAGAAGUCCCAGUUUAAGAAAAAAGACGAGGAAGCUUCUUUUGUUUGGAAUCAAGGUCGGCCUAUUGACCAAUUGUAUGAGCAAUUGAAAGCUGCUGGGAAGAUUGGCACCGUACCCCCUAAGACUUAUUCCAAAGGAUUUCCCAUUGGUUAUGAUCCUCAGUCAUUUUGUGCUUAUCAUUCGGGAGCCCCUGGACAUUCAACUGCCAAUUGCUGGGCGCUUAAACAUAAAAUUCAAGACAUGAUUGAGUCCGGGGACAUAGUCCUGAGGAGGAGGGAUGAACAAGGUCCAAAUGUUAGCAAAAACCCUCUUCCUACACACAAGGACACCGUGGGAGUUAUUACUGUUGAUAAAGAGAUUGAGGAACCUACACAAUUUAUUAUGGAUGAAGCUGAGACAGUAAGGGUCAUUGAAGAACCGUUUAUAUUGGAAGAAGAAGCUCCUGAAAUCAAGAAAAAUACGGGUCCGUUUAUUCUGGAAAUGGUACCUUUCGAGUGUGAGCCUUCGGAGCUGGUGGUACUUGAAUUGCCUGAGGAACCUCCUAUUCUUAAUCUGCAAGAGGUCCCAUGGAAUUAUAGCGAGCCCACGCUAUUAAUUGGAGGAGAAAAGGAGCCCAGAAAGGAAGUGGACGCUAUUACUAGAUCUGGAAGAAUCAUAGGGGAAUCCGCAGUUGAUGAGCCCUCAAAAGCAAAAGAAAAUGCUGUUCCGACAAAACCAACUGUGACUGAUGAAGAGGCCUUCAAUUUCCUUAAGAUGCUGAAGAAAAACGAGUAUAAGGUCCUAACUGAGGCUCAAGUGCCUACGAAUAUUCCUGUGGAUAAAUUCACUCAUGUAGUCGAGCAUGUUUUGGCUUCAAAUCAAAUUUCUUUUUCUGAUGAAGAUUUGACUUCGGGUGGAAUUGGACACAAUAAAGCAUUGUAUAUCUCAGUUCGUUGUAAUGGGAAGUUAUUGCCAAGGGUCUUGAUAGACAAUGGAUCUGCUCUUAAUAUCUGCCCUUGGAAUACUUUGGUUAAAUUGAGAUUUCAGGAAGCUAAACUUCGGCCGUCUGCCAUUGUGGUGAGAGGAUUUGAUGGGGCAAAAAGGGAAUCAAUGGGGGAAGUGGAUUUUGUACUGGAAAUUGGACCUGCCCAGUUUCGGGUUAUGUGCCAAGUCAUGGACUUCUCGAGUGUUUAUAAUGUUCUUCUCGGACGGCCUUGGAUUCAUACAUCAGGCGCUAUACCUUCUUCACUCCAUCAAAUGUUGAGAUUUGUGGUGAAUGGCCAAUUGAUUACGAUAUUUGCUGAGGAAGAUUGCACUAUGAUCAUUAAUCCAGCAUUGGAAGAUGAUGGUGAUAGAAAAGCUCUGGUUUCCCAUCACCAUGUAGCUGACAUUGUUUCGGUGGGUAGGGCAUCCAAGGACAAGGUGGCAGUGGAAAUGAAUUUACCUGAAGCCAGCGUUAUGAUGGCCAAAGAGCUGAUUCGAGGAGGUUAUGAAAUAGGCAAGGGCCUUGGGCGCAACCUACAAGGGGUCUUGGAGCCAAUAGAACUUCAAGGAAAGAAGGAUACCUUCGGAUUAGGGUUUCAACCUACGGCCAAGGAUAAGAAAGAAAUGAUGAAUCGUAAGAGGGCAGAGAAGGAGGGAAAGCAGCUUAUCAUGAGCAUCCCACAGUUGUAUUGUACUUUUCCUUAUCCAUCGGAGGUGAUUAAACCUGAAGUAGACCCGAUCGAGGUAGUGGAUGUUGGAUUAUCUGAGCUAUUUGUGGGGGUUGCUGCUGAGGAGGAGCCAUUAGAGGAUCCAGGAUUUCCAGAGGUGCCUAUUGAAGCAAUGAAGAACUGGACCAGUGAUCUCCUUCCCUCCUGCAGGGAAUUUCGGUAA